CCCAAUCACUCAUCCAUGACAUGCUUCCAUGUCUUAAUAAUUCCUCACACAAUCUACUUGUGGUCUGGGCCUCUGCGCCUCCAGGUAUCCAACACUCGACUCAAGGGGAAGGACAAAAGAACCAAGAAAUAUGCUGCCAUGAAACGAAUGAUAUCUUUGCGUGAUGCCAGAAUACAGGACAAGGACAGACAGAAGAAGAAAGCACCGCCCAAAUGGAAGCAAGAUAAAGAAGCAAAGAUCAAGGAACGCGAGGUCCCCCAGUACUCCUCAGCGCUCUUCUUCAAGUACAACACACAGCUGGGACCGCCGUACUACGUGCUGGUGGAUACCAACUUUGUCAAUUUCUCCAUCAAGAACAAAAUUGACCUGGUCCAGGGAAUGAUGGACUGCCUCUAUGCAAAAUGUAUUCCAUGCAUAACAGACUGUGUGAUGGCUGAGAUUGAGAAACUAGGUAGGAAAUACAACGUCGCUCUGCGGACGGUGAAAGACGAGAGAUUUGAACGAUUACCCUGUUUGCAUCAGGGGACGUAUGCCGACGACUGCCUUGUACAGAGAGUAACACAGCACAAGUGUUACAUUGUUGCGACCUGUGACCGAGACCUCAAGAGGAGAAUACGAAAAAUCCCCGGAGUGCCCAUCAUGUUCCUCUCACAGAAAAGAUACACUAUUGAGCGGAUGCCUGAUGCCUUUGGAGCUCCUAAAUUGUGAUACCAACCGGGGCCACCAAAUACAUGCCAUGUCAUGCUGGUCCAGUGGACCAAUCUGGUUGGAGUGUCUUCGGCAAGAAACAUCUUGUAAGGAGACCAACUGCAUGAUCGAUCUGCAUGUAUAUUCCUACAUGCCUACAUUAAACUCAGUGGGACCAACCAAGGCUGUUGGUGCUAGCCGGUCAGUUGUCAAGGAAUGCUGUUAUGGAAGCGUCAAGGAUUGUAUGUGGAUGACAGAUAUGCACAUUGAGGGCGGUACAGUUUAGUUUUGUAAGCAUGGGCUCACAAGCGGCCAACUACAUGUAUGUGUUGCCGUCAACUGCAGUCAACUCCUUAAAAAAAAAGACUUACAACUUUCAUCAUAUACAUGAACUUGUAUCACGGCAGAUGAUAAUGGAAGUAUGAUCAAACUUUGUGUUGAAAAGAAUAGCAGCAGAGUAUGCACCUCACUUCAUUCUUCAUGUUACAUUUGUAUUUUUUAACCAGGAGAAAUGAAUUUCAACAGCAUGAACAUGCCAAAUAAGCCCUUAUUUAUCCCCUUAUCAGCCAGUAUAUAACACCAUAGUACACAAAAUAUAUUGACUCCUUCGAGUGGUAUAGUAUAGCUAGCCCUCUGAGGUAAUCCACGGAGCAUUCUUUUUUCCCAUGGCAAAGCCGAGGGAAAAUAGAAUGCUCCGUGGAUCACCGAACUAGGCUAGUUUCACUACACCACGAGAUAAAGCAGUCGAUAUUCGUUUUAUAACACCUCGCCCACAGAUUCUGCUUUUUUUUAAUAGAUAACUGAUUAAUUUAAUCUAAAUACAAUUGAAAUGGACUUCUAUUUCAAUACAAAAUUAGUUGAAACUUUACUUGAGCCUUUCCAGAUCACCCUGUCACAAAAUGUUUGAACCCAUGCUCUGUAGCGUUAGCGCUUGAGAAACAGGACCGCGCAACAGGACCACCCGUAUGCAUUUGAACAUACCGGUAGUACUGGUUAUUAUGCGUAUAGUACUUUGGUUGAUAUCCGUAUAGUACUUUGGUUGCUAUGUAUAUAAGUACUUUUGUUGCUGUGCGUAUAGCAAAAAUAGCGAAUACCAUGUGGCUCUCUCCGCCAAUCAAGAUACAGAAUCUGUGGGCGGGGUGUUAUAAUAUUAUAUCACAAUGUUACCCAUACAUAAGUGUGUAUAUUGAUAUAGGACUGAAACUGAUCGAACUAAGGCUAUGAAAUACAUCCUCAAUUCAGAACAUGUAGUUUUCACUUUCAUUUUUAAAGCCAUGAACCAUUUCAUAUAACCGGAUGUCUCAAAUGCACAUAUGCAAUAAAUUGCACAUAUGCAUUGACAUUGUAUGAUGUACCUGUUUUGUUUUAUUUUGGAUGGAUUCUUCAUGUGGCAAAGAAAUUGAUAGAUAAAUGUAACAAUCACGGCUAUGGCAUUGUUUAUGUGGCAGUAAUUUUCUCUUGAGAGUUGAGAGAGUAGCGUUCCAGAAUCUUAGAUCCAAAUAGAGUUUGGAUUCAGACUGGCAAACUUUAUUUACCGGCACUGUCAAAGUUGUUUUCCCCAUUGACUAGACCUGAAGUCUUUCCAACAACUGCUGAUGUGGGCCCCUUCAAACAGAACUUUGAUGUUUUGUAAUUCAAAUUUUGGGAUAGUUUUGUAGCAACGCCACUCUGGAACGCCAGUUGGAAACAUGUAUGUUUGUUUUUCCUUCUCAGAAUAACACAAUUCACAACAGGAUUUAUUGCCAAA